GAGGUUAUGUUCUCUCGGCUGAACGGAUGUGUCAGACGUAACAUGGGUUAUAAUUUUGGAGUGGAUCUUCCUGUAAAUUAUGCCGUGGCAUCGGUAGACGAUCUUAUCGGAGACAAUAGGCGGAAUAUACAUUUACACGCAACAUAAUCGGUCACUCACGUUGUCGAUAACGGUGAAAUUCCACGACGAGCUUCGCUCGAACGAGAGAGUAUGUGGGUGUUUGGUUAUGGUUCCCUGAUAUGGAAAGCGGACUUUCCAUACGAGAAGAAGCUGGUCGGUCACAUCAAGGGAUAUGUCAGGCGUUUCUAUCAAAAAAGUCCUGAUCAUAGAGGAGUGCCUAAUAGGCCUGGACGCGUGGUGACGUUGCUCGCCUCUACAAGUUCCGAGGAUGAAGUAUGGGGACUCGCGUACAAGAUAUCCUCUGAGAACAUAGACAACGUGGUGAAUCAUUUGGAUUUUCGGGAAAAAGGUGGCUACGAAAAGAAAACCGUCCUUUUCUAUCCUUGCAAUCCAUCUAAGUAUAUCCAAAGUAGCUCGAAUGCUGAUGUCUCCUCGAAUGAUCCAUCGAAGACAAGUCUCUUGUCGGCUUCUUUAUCGACCACUACGGAAGAAGCAUCGUUCUACCUCACUAUAUACAUAGGUGACGAAGAGAAUCCGAACUACGCCGGUACGGAAAACAUAGACAUCAUCGCGAGACACAUACUUGUUUCGCGUGGUAUCAGCGGCUCUAACACGGAAUAUCUUUAUAAAUUGGCAUCCGCCAUGCGUGCAAUAGCACCUGGCGUACAGGACGAGCAUCUGUUUGCCCUUGAAAAGAUUGUCAAGCAGUUGGAAAAGGAAAGGGAGAACGAGUCACUGGAGUUGGAUCAAUUUCCAUGUAAUCAUACAAGCAUACAAUAGGUGUAUUCAAAUGUAGGAAAAUGCGACGUUAGGAACCAAUUGCAUCAUCGGUCGGUGCUAAUGAUGAUUAAUUUAUUUAUUCUUUCCUUCCUUCGUUCCUCUCCGUCUAGAUUAUAUAUGAUUAUAGGUAUCAUACAUAUCAUAAUGUCAUAUGUAUGAUUAUAAAGAUUAUGUAUAAUUAGGUCUAUACGUACCAAACCACUGUAGACUAAUUUUAGCACAAGUUUAAACGUAGCUUCAAUUAAUGUUACUUAAUCAAGAUUGUUGAUGCAAUUGGCAUGCAGAUGAAAAGACAAAAUAUCUUUUGCACUGUUCAAUGCAAUAACAGAAAAAUUUCUCCAUUAAAGAGAGAAGCUAAGAAAACACAUUUCUAACAACCAACGACGAAAAAUAAAUUAUCUUAUUUAUCAAUGAAAUAAAACAUAUUUUCGUAUAAGGUAA